CGGUCCACUUUUGUGCGCGUCCCAUUUAUCACUUGCGAUCAUCGUGUCAAUCAUGAAGCCCGUCUUCACCGUCGGCCUUAUUGCUCUUGCGCAGCUCGCUACAGCUGUCCAGGAUCCAUUGAUCACCCAUGCACCGAGACUGAUCCCUAGACAGAAUGAUGGCGAGCUCGUUGGCUACGUCAGCACAAGCGGCGCAUCUGAAGUGAUCACUCCGGCACAGCAGUGCGAUCCCACCGCGACCCUUACGAGCAGCGGCGCCUACGCAACAUGCUGCCCUACCUCGGGCUCAUGCAAUUUCUUCACUUCAUGCUCCGAUGGGAACCUCCUCGCGGCAUCGACAAAUGUAUACUGCGACCAGGGUUACUGUAACACAGGUGUGAUUGUACCCACCGCCGGCGCGUCUGAUGGACUGAGCUAUUUGGCGUGCUGGGCAACGGAGUACGGAACGGACCCGUUUGCGCUUGUGCAGACGCCUGGUGAUGCUAUGGCAACGAACUCGGGCGACAAUGACUCCUCUGAGAAUGGCUCGCCGAUGUCGACUAGAGGGACGACGACCAGGGCGUCGAGUAGUGUUUCUGACUCUGCUGCGCCGAGCUCGACUUCGGGUGGUGCGGCUGCUUAUGUUGGAUCUGACGCGCUGUCUGGUGGUGUGCUUGGUGUGUUUGCCAUGGUUUUUGGUAUGCUCUGAUUAGCGAUUCAUGACGGCAACGCCUUGGGAGUAUCUCUUACUCGGAGGAGCAUGCGAGGGAUGAGCAAACGACUCUAACUGAUUAAUAUGUCACAGUCAUGCAAUUGAAUACUAAUUAAUUUACAAUAUGUUUUGCCC